AUGGUCGGCCCGAUCCCCGUCGUGGAGAUCCCGACGCCAAGAGACGACCUCCCGGAGGUGCUCGUCGCGGGCGGCGGCAUCGCCGGCCUCAUCACCGCGCUCGCGAUGCAGCGCAAGGGCAUGAAAGUCAAGGUGUUCGAAAAGGUGAAGGAGUACAAGCUCUUCGGCGGGCCGAUCCAGCUGCAGUGCAACGCGCAGGGCGCGCUCGAUUCGAUCGCCCCGGACGUCGCGGAGAAGGUGCUCGCGAAGAGUACCAUCACGGGCGAUCGCAUCAACGGGCUGCUCGACGGCGUCGCCGGGGACUGGUUCUACCGCUUCGACACGCGCCAGCCGUGCUACAACAACGGCCUGCCGCUCACGCUCGUGAUCGCGCGGUACGAUCUCCUCGAGAUUUUGCGCGACGCGGUCGGCGAGGAGAACAUCAUGAUGCAGACCGUCGUCGAGAAGUACGAAAACGUCGGCGACAAAGUCAUCGCGACGCUCACCACGGGGGAGACGUACGAGGGCGACGUGCUCAUCGGCGCGGACGGCAUCAACAGCAAGAUGCGCGCGCAGAUGCGCGGGGAGGACCCGAACAACCCGCCGCUGGCGUACGCGGGCUACGCCGUGUACACCGCGAUCUGCGACUACUCCGCGCCGCACCGAGACGCGAUUCACACGGACGUCGACAAAACCGGGUACCAGGUGUUUCUCGGUCCGAAGCAGUAUUUCGUGAGCUCGGACGUCGGGAACGGGCAGCAGCAGUACUACGCCUUCUUGGACGUCCCCGCGGGCGGAGACGACAAGUAUGCCAAGUGCGAGGACUGGGAGAACUACCGCGAGAUGCUGUUGGAUCGAUUCUCCGGGUGGUGUCCCGCGGUGCUCGAGCGCCUCGAGUGCACGAGACCCGAGGACGUGGAACGCCGAGACGUGUUCGACGUGCUUCCGAACCCGCGGUGGAUCGACGGGCGCGUCGCGCUGCUCGGCGACAGCGCGCACGCGGUGCAGCCGAACCUGGGGCAGGGCGGCGGGCAGGCGAUCGAGUCCGCGUACGCGCUCGCGGACGAGCUCGUGAAGUGCGAGAACAAGAAGGGCGUUCAGAUGGCGUUGAUGAAGUACACGUCUCGCAGGUUUUUGCGCACCGGGAGCAUCCACGGGCUGUCGCGGUUCUCGAGCAUCAUGAACACGGUGUACCGGCGGUACCUCGGGGACGAGCCGUACGACUUCUACCCGGAGCCGGUGAGGAAGUUUUGGAACGAGGUGGCGAAGUUGAAGAUUCCGCACCCGGGGUCGGUGGUCGGGCAGAUGGCCAUCAUGGGGACGAUGCCGGGUUUGCUGGAAUACGUCGGCGGCGGGUUCAACCGGUUCGGGUUGCCGGCGUGGCUGGGGGGCGCGAGCCACGGAAACGGGACGGACCGCGUGCCGAGGAGCCAAGUACCGGGGGUUAGCGCGCCGCUCAGGGAUCUGAAGAAGGAGGACUUCGAGAUGAAGGGCAUCCCGGGGCUCGCCAAAUGA